AACACCUUCCCAUAAAUCCCCAUAACCACCUCUCCCUCUCAUUCCUCAUCAAGUUUCCACCUUCAGAUUCUUCCCAUCUCAUCACUAAUCACAGUGAUUACACAUACUAAUCCAAACACAAAAACUUACCCUUCUCACAAAUCUGUCUCCCGUUUCAUGAUAACUUCGUUCCUAUAUCUCAUGUGCUGCUACUGACAAAUGGAGAACUGCAAUAUACAUUGGGAGCAAAAGAGUCUUGUAAAUGAGCUAGCACAAGGGAGGGAUCUGGCUAGGCAGCUACAGAUCCAUCUCAACGUUCCAUCUUCUUAUGGAACCCGGGAAUUGCUGGUUCAAAAGAUCAUACUUUCGUACGAAAAAGCGCUUUCCAUGCUGAACUCUAGCAGCUCAGCCUCAGGAGGUGAGCAACAACAGCCCACAGGUCAUGUUGCAAUUCGAAUGGUUGAGUCUCCGCCGCAUUCGCUAAAUGAAAGUCCCCGGAGUGAAGACUCCGACCGCGAAUUCAAGGACCAUGACAACAAAGAUUCCUCUAGGAAGAGGAAAAAUCUCCCACGGUGGACACAACAAAUAAGAGUUACAUCUGGUAUGGGGCUUGAGGGGCCUCUUGAUGAUGGAUUUAGUUGGAGGAAGUACGGCCAGAAGGACAUACUUGGAGCCAAAUAUCCAAGAGGCUACUACCGCUGCACUCACCGAAACGUCCAAAGCUGCUUGGCCACAAAGCAAGUCCAACGUUCCGAUGAAGACCCGACGAUCUUUGAAAUUACUUACAGAGGAAAGCACACAUGUACACAAGCCUCCACCGGCACAAGUACUCCUCCUUCCCCGUCACCGUUGCAGCCCGAAAGGACGGAACGGCAGAAUAACCUAGUGGAUCCUCAACAAAACCAGCAACAAUCACAACAACACACGCUCUUAAACCUCCCGGAAGGCCUCAGAGUCAUUACUGAAGGAUUAGACACUCGUGAGGAACUGUUCCCCUCCUUCAACAGUCCCUCACCAUUGAACAACAGUUAUGUGGGAAGUUUUUCUUCUCCAUUUGCGGGACCUACAACUUCAGGAACAAACUAUUUCUCAAUGUCUCAGCGGGAUUUUGGAGUUGACCAAAAUUUUCAGAGUGGAGAGAUAAUCUCAGCUCCAACUUCAGCUACCAACUCUCCAAGUGUUGGUUUAGAUAUCCCAUUUGGUCAGGCUGAUCAGUUGUUUCCCAACUUCUCAUUUGACGGUCCAGGAUUCUUUUCCUAAUUUCACAGGCUCCCACAACACAGAAGGUGGGGGAAAUUGAUUAGCAUACAAAAUUUUAAUUAAGCAUUCUGAAUUUUAGGUAUAUUUGUGUGUAGCAUCUGUGAGAAAGUGUAGAAUAAUCGGUCAUGUAACAUCUGUUAUAGUAGUCUGAUAUAUGUUCCAUAAACAAAAAAUAAACUGAUAUGUAGUUUCUUCCCAAUUUUUAUUCAGAAAAAUAAACUGAAUAAUGUGUUUUAAUGAUUUUUUUCUAUUACCUUUUUUUGGGUAAGGGCCAACCACAAUUGUGUUUUACCAUAUAUUGGGUUGAAUAAGGCCCAAUAGUAGCUAGGUCAGGCCAGUAUUUCUUUUUUCUUUUUGUAUUUGAGGGAUAUUUUAGUCUAAGUGAACUGGAGGAACAUGCAAACUCGGAUGUAGAAGGGUGAAUAGCGAACGAAUUGUUCUAAUAAA